GGGCCGAGGGAGCGCGGCGGGCACGCGCGCCAUGAACCCGAAGGCAAGCGGUGAGGAGGAGGACUGCGUGGACUCGGGCGCCGAGACCGGAGGUGUCGACUACAGCCAUCUGUCCUCCACCAGCAGUGAGUAUUCUCUGAAUGAGGCACAGGACCCUUUCCUGGUGAGCAUCCACAUCAUCGCAGACCCAGGGGCAUCUCCACUGCAGGAGGCCAUCGACAAGGUUUUGGCGUGGGUUUCACCCUGACUCCCACUGUUCGAGUGUCUGAGCGGGCGCACAGGCAGGCGAAGGCGGAAGUCCCCAGGGUGGCAGCCGGCAGUGGCUGUGGUGCUGUUCCUGCAGGAGGAGUAUGGAGAGGAGCAGAUCCUGCAGGUGCACAGGUGCUGCAGCGGCCGCCCCUGGCGCCACCACCACACAGAGCGCGUGCAUGGGCUUCCUACCCUACCUGCCUGUAGCCAGGACUUCUUCACUCUGGCUCCUGGGACCCCGCUGUGGGCCAUCCGGCUGCACUAUGGCAAAGAAAUCGUGCGCUUCACCAUCUACUGUCGCCAUGACAGCUAUGCCGACAGCCUCCGCUUCUAUGAGCUGAUCCUGCGGGAGCCCAGCCAGCGGAAAGCGGACUUCUGCAUCUUCCCCAUCUUCUCCAACCCGGAUAUAGACAUCCAGUUCUCCCUGAAAAGACUGCCCUGCGACCAGAGCCCAGUGCCCACCGACUCCUCCGUGCUGGAGUUCCGAGUGAAGGACAUCGGUCAGCUGGUUCCCCUCCUUCCCAACCCCUGCAGCCCCAUCAGCGAGGGGCGCUGGCAGACUGGACACGAUGGCAACAAGAUCCUUCUGCAGGCACAGAGGACACACAAGAAGGUCCCCAGGGGCAGCAGAGCACACCGCUCCUCUGAGAAGAGGCCUCAUCCCACACCUUCGCCAACCAUCGACAUUGUAAGCACAGCACAGAGCAUCAGCCAGACAGCCCUGCAGAACAGCCCAUCCCUGGGGUCUAGCCCGGUGGCCCUGCUUCCCGGGGCAGGAGUGUACCCACAGUCAAGCACCUAACCUGCCUGGUCUUUCCAGAGGAGCAAGUCUUUGUUUUGUUUGCCCAGUGGAGGCCCCUCCCCAACUGAACCACAGCCACCACUGACUGGUUCCCAGAGACACAGUGCAUCUGAGUGGAGACCCGGCCACCUCCUGUCCAUUGAUGACUUAGAGGGGGCCCAGGAGACAGAUGUGGACACGGGCCUGCGGCUCUCUUCAGACCUGUCUGUGGUCUCUGCGUAUUCUGCACCCAGUAGGUUUUUGCAACACAGUGGAGUCAUCCCUCCCCUCCAAGAGAUGUAGCAGCACUGGCCAGCACACAAGAGUCCCAAGGAAGGACCACUGCCUGUGGCCAGUGAGGUGAGCCCAGAUACCUCCUGGGAUCCCCAUCCUUUCCUCACCAAAGGGUCUCCCAGCCCCGCAGAAAUAACUGCUACUGCUCUCUCAGCUUCUGGUGUCUCCUUGCCCACAGAGUCAUCCUCACAGCUCCCUUGUCAGGACUCCCAAGCCACAGGUGGCCAAGAUGUGCGCCUGCUCCCAGCAACAGCUGGUCCCGAGGACAAUGACAUGGAGGAGUUCUACAUCUGAGCAUGCCGUGGUUUUCAGCCAGACUCAGUCACAGAAACUUGGGU